AUGGCUAGCCAGCACCACCCACAAGAUACGGGGCCAGCGCUAGAAGCCAAGGACCGCGGGCUGGCCGGAAUGCAAGAAAGAACAAGCAGGUUGCAACAGGAAUUAGACCAGGAAAAGUUGGAGCGCACUCAAGAAAAUCAGAAAUACCAUGCUGCUCAGCGCUCCUGGACCGAGGAAUUAGACAGAGCUAAGAUGGCGGUUCACAAAUUGUCAGCCCGUAACGAAAAAUUGAAAACAGCAUGCGAGAAUAUGCAGGAAGACAUGAAUGCGGCGAGCGAACGGCACGAAUUUAUGAUGUUCCAACAAGACAGCCUUGGAAGUCGCUUGAGGGAGUCUGAGGAGGAAAGGCAAAGAUUACAAGCGUUGACCGUCGUGCUACGUGGCAUGGUUACCAAGAAUAGCGAGCCCGACGGAGAGCGAAUGGAUGAUAACGCUAUCGUUGGUAAAUUCAUCAAGCUCAGAGAACAGGUGCAAAGGAUAGCCAGCAAGCUCUGCUUCUCAGAAGGAAAUGGGAAUGCAGUAUUGACUCAAGAAAUGAGUGACGCACAAAGAGACUUUGAGUACUGGAAAGGGCUCAGCCAGGCACAGCUCCUGAACCGGAUAAGAACCAAUAUUUUCGAACUGAUCCAUAGCGAAAUCUUAGGGAGACCAUUGUUUGGCUUGGAGGGCCUGCAAGACACCUCCGGUCUGGAGCACGGACUUAGCAAAUUCGAGACGGCACUCAAUAACCUAAACCCAGGUCAUAAAGCAGCCGUUUUGGAAUGGAGAGUACGGACUGUUCGAUGUGCGUCUUUGUUAAACAUCGACAACCCAAGGGCGGAGGAGGUAGCCAAAUACAUUCAUGAGUUCAUGAAACCGCUAAUUACUUCCGACGCCCUGGAUACUCAGCUGCGUACUCUGAUCUUGAAGCUUUGCAACGAUUCAAUGAGUUUCGCUUUGCUUCUCCGCUCGUUCAAAGACCUGUACCGAUGCGAGAUGCCAGAUAUCCAUAGUCCCCUUAAUGACGACUCCGAGGAACAGUGUCCCGAGCCAUAUCGGAAUGGCGACCCACACGCUGAAGGAGACGUUGCCUUUGUUUUAGCCGGAUCGCUAGUAAAGUAUCCUGAGCUUCAUCCUGAGAGGCGACUGGUUCUGGAGAAGGCACAUGUAGUGGUCUUCAAAAAGACGGAGUAG